AUGGCGUCGGCCGGGAUGCAGAUCCUGGCCUUUGUGCUGGCGCUGCUUGGCGUGUUCGGCGCCACGGUGGCCACGCUGCUGCCCAACUGGAAGGUGAGCGCGGACGUGGGCUCCAACAUCAUCACAGCCAUCUCACAGAUGCAGGGGCUGUGGAUGGACUGCACCUGGUACAGCACCGGCAUGUUCAGCUGCACCCUCAAAUACUCGGUGCUGUCGCUGCCAGCGUACCUGCAGACGGCCCGCACCACCAUGGUGCUGUCCUGCGUGCUGGCCGCCCUCGGCCUCUGCCUCGCCUCGCUGGGCCUCAAGUGCACCCGCUGGGGGGGCGGGAGGCGGGCGAAGGGGCGCACGGCCGUGGCCAGCGGGGUGUGCUUCGUCCUGGCUGGGGUCCUCUGCCUUAUUCCUGCGUCCUGGUUCACCAACGAGGUCAUCACCAGCUUCCUGGACUCCAGCGUGCCCGAGAGCAGCAAGUUCGAGCCGGGCGGGGCGGUGUACGUGGCCUUCGUGUCCGCGGGGUUCCUCUUCGCCGGGGGGUCCAUCUUCUGCACGUCCUGCCCGGGGAAGCGGGACGGCCCCCCAGAGCUGAUCUUCUCCUCCCCAGACAAACUGCAGCAGCAGCAGCAGCUGCGCCAGGAGCAGCUGCACCCAGAUCAGCCGCAGACACACCCCGAGCAGCUGCACACAGAGCAGCUCCACCACGACCCGCUGCACCAGGAUCAGCAGUACGCCGGCCCCCUGCAGCCUCCUGCCCCGGACAGCAGGGCCGGGUACAGCCUGCAGGACUAUGUGUAGCCCUCGGCUCCGCUCGGGAGGACGGCUGAGGUCAGCAGAUCUGCGGUGCUGAGAGGCCGGAAGAGCACUAACGACAGAAAUGACAGUAAUGACCUCUUCUCUCAUUCAGUUUCUGCCAGAGCGACUAAUGAUGUGACUGUCCCAACGACACGGAACAUGUCAGAGAUAGAUUACGAAUGCUAAACCCUUUGUAUCAAGGACUGUGGAAAAAGGAAGGUUUCAUCGUAACACAUAUCCAGGAUUGUGAGAGCAUUCUGUCGAGAAUGGAUUACAGUGAUUACAGGAAAGCAUUAUUUCAUUUUACUUUCCAAGGAUUUGGAAUAAAAAUGCAGUUAUUCAGCAGCUAACGAUCAUUUAACAAUGAUGUAAGCUCUCCUUCAUGCAAGUAGGCAAUACAUCCUAGCAAGGCAAUAUAUGGAGGCUGUACAACAUGAGAUUUUAUAGUUUUAAACCAUCUGCUAGUAUUUGUAGUUCUGAAUAAUGACUUUAAAUCUUAUUUUGGUAGCAAAUAGAGUAAUGAAUAUUCUGUGACCGCAUGCUGUCUGAAGCAUGUUACUAAGGCAGAGGAAUGCCUGGUAGGGCUGAAACACAGCUACCAAGCUCUGCACUUAUAGCUGUAGUUUACCGCAAAAACUGUUCGAUAAUGAAAAGCCAAUAAUAAAUAAAAGGGGAUGCAUAUCUGGAGACGUAUUCACAACAAAUAUCUGAAAGUGGAAUUCCUUUUCCUGUAGGUUGUAGAUCAGGACGCGGUUGUGCCAGGGAGACGGUCUGAUAAAACAGCACUCUUCUUCCCUCUUCUGUCCCAUUGAGUUUCCUUAAUGUGCCAGGCGCUUUGUGCACGCUUAUUUUCUCAUUUCAUGCACGAGCGCGCACACACACACACACGUACACAC